AUGCAUCACCCUCAUAGAUCAGUGACACAUUAUGUCAUUCCUCGAUAUAUGCCAAUGUGCUUGGUUCUUGCAGGCAUCAUUGCUAUUCACUUAGUAGAUAAUUUUCCAAUUUCAACAAUUGACAUGCUUUUAUCAGCCUUCUCCAUCGCGUCAGGACGAAAGAAGCUGGCAAACCUUUCUUACCCCUCAGAUGGACCUGAAAAAUCGCUAGCUAUUUUGGCUCCCACAUCAGAAGAAUGUCAGACGAAUUUUGACGAUGCAACGUUGAUUCAGGAGAGGAUUGAGAGUGACGACAAUGAAGAGACUUCCAUUGCAGAUUUUCUGGGGAAUCCACCAGUCACUAAUUGUGUUACUCUUUCACUUCCUUCAAAACCAUCUUUGAAGCCAGUUAUCAAGCCUAUGUCCGUGCUAAUUAAUUCUACAACUUCCUGUUUGGCAUCACCGAGCUCUCCGACUCCCGAAAUAUCACUAGAACAACGCUUGAAGGACAUAGAGAUCGAGGAUGAAUGCUGGUCACCGUCACCUUCACUGAAUGAUGACAACAAAAUAGAGCUUCCGAUACCGUUGAAAACCAUGUUGAAAGGGAAUGACUUGAAAGAUGAUAAACCAAAUACAACGAUCAGUCUCCCUGCUUCUCCGUCAACGCCAGACGACCAGCAAUUGAGUACGAUAUCCGAUACAAUUCGUACUGAGGAAAAGACGAAAAACAAAAAGUGCUGUGAACUAAAGGAGUCGGCUAUACCCAAAUUUUACUACAGCAAGGGCGAACCAAAUGCAAAACGUCUUGCAUGCGAAAGAAACAGAGAACGGAUGAAUGAAGUUAGCCGACUUUUUAGCAUCAAGAAAUACUUCACUGAAGAAAAUUUCCUCAGUAUCUCGAAAGCAUGCCAGUUACCACGGUACAUGACAUUAGCACUUUUUCGAAAAAUAGAGUGCUUUGGAGGCGAUGGAGAGCGUGUCUCUCAAGAAGAAUUUUUGCGCUUUAUUGUCUUCCUACGACUUAAUAUUCAAGAUCAAUCUAGUUGCUGGUCCCAAAUCUCAAAAGACUGCAUAGAUGACGACGAAAUUAUGUUCAAUUUACUAUGCAAGGUAGACCGUUCAUACAUGUCGCCAGAGGACUUGUUGCCAGUACUGGAAGGACUUGAGUUUCUAGCUGAUAACGUCCUGUUUCAAGAACGGUAUAUCGAGACGGUCAUAUGUCGCAUUUAUUAUGAGAACAGAUGUGUUUCAGGAAAGCUCCCAUUAUCUCAAUUCAAAAGGUACAAUAUGGGAGACUUAUUGGCACGACUUGAACGAAGGAUCGAUCUCAAUUCCGACCAUGACCUGAUUGUUUCGCAGAAUGACAUGCUGCAGUACAAUAACCAGGUGCUCACGUCGAGGAUUACUGCUAGGGUGAUGGAAUGCGGAAAAAUAAUGGCCUUCCCUAGAGAUACGCAAGUUCUUAGUGAUACAGAAGAAUCAACCUUGACAUAUAUGGACUUUAUUUGGUUCCUGAUCUCAGAAAUUGACAAGACAACCAGAAUGUCUACUGAAUACUGGUUUAGAUGCAUGGAUUUGGAUGGUGAUGGAAUAAUUUCCAGCUAUGAACUGUCAUACUUUUGGGAAGAGCAAGAAAAGAGGCAAACGUUGUAUGGAGUGUGCGAAUCAGAGAUUAUUUGUUUUGAGGAUGUCAUCUGUCAAAUUACCCGUAUUAAUUCUUUUGAAACAAAUAGCAAUGAUUUGAUCAAACCACAAGUACUUGGCCAGUUUACAUUGACGGACUUGCGAAAAUCAAAGUUGGCCGAAAGAUUCUUUGAUACUUUUAUCAAUUUCCAUCGGUUGCAGAUCCAUGAAUCUUCACACAACUCAACAAGGCUAAAGCGUCAGUAUUUGGAUGCAUUGAGCGGGAUUGAACGAAUUGAAAUGGACGACCAACUCCAGUCUAGACCAGCCCAAGGGCAAUCUUUAGAAAAGAUGAGCGAUUGGUGUGCAUAUGCUGAAAUUGAAUAUCAGCAUCUUGUUGCUGCAGAAAGAAGCGAAACCAUUUGGGAUGAUGUGGGAGCAGAGGUGGAAAGUUGUACACAGCUUGACAUGGAUGGAGAUAAGAUGCUGUCAACCGUAGAAAGACUAUUCAAUGGCGAUGUUGACUUUGGUUAUGUUGAAAAUCUGGAGAAUGCAACACAAGAAGACUUAGAGGCAAUACUACAGCGAGUGGUUAAGACCACCUUUUCCAGUAGCCAAGAAUACAGCAUCAGAGAAGAACUCGAAGAGAUCCAUCAUUUCUCAUCUUCCGACGAUGAGGGAGAUGACCACAGGCUUGAUGGCAUUGUCAGGCGAGAGCGAAAAUUCCAAAUAUGAAGAAACAUAGUUUUGACCAAGUUUUCAUGGGCACCUGUAACACAUUUAUCUCAUCCAAUCCACCCCUACGCAUGCUAAAAAGAAACAAUAUAAACAAUCAAU